AAGCUCCAAACAAAUCAUUUUCAUCUUGUAUUCAGAUGGAAUCAGGUGAAAAUGAAAAUUUCUCCGCCUUCUAUGAGAGAUGGAUAACUCAACUAGGGGAGUAUGUUGACAUGCUCUCCGAACUCUCCAACCAACCUUUUGACUCUAAUAACAAGUCCAAUGUUGAGGCUGUGGUGGAAAAAGUCAUAACUCACCACAAGAAGUAUUACAGUGCCAAAUGGGCUGCUGCUCAUCAAAAUGCAUUACCAUUCUUCAGACCACGAUGGCUAAGUCCUAUGGAGCAUGGAAAUCUCUGGUUCACCGGGUGGAAGCCAUUUAUAGCAUUUGGUUUACUCGAUACAAUGAGAAGGAAUCAGGUGCCUGGACUAAGUACUCUCAAAGAGCUAAGCGAAGAACAGCUAGAGAAGAUUGAAAAGCUCAAGAUAGAAAUAAAGAUAGAGGAAAGAAAAGUGGAAAGGGACAUGGAGAGGCAACAAAUGGUCAUUGCUUAUGAGCCUUCGGCUCAACUAGCUCAACUAAUGGCUCAAGUGAGUGAUGGGGAGAUUGCAAUGGCUAACAUUGACGGCCUGGUAGAUAGUAAUAUGAGGAGCUUUGCGGCUGGAAUGGAGAAAGUAAUGAAGAGAGCGGAUUAUGCUAGGCUUAAGACCCUAAAAUUUGUGUUGGAGAUUUUGGAUCUCAAGCAAUCAGUGCAGUUUUUGGCAGCUUUGACAAAAUGGCAAACCAAUAUGAGGAAUUGGAGGAUCAAGAACAAUAACACAUCUCAAGCCUCAACAUCUGCAUCACCCCCAUCAACCUGAUAUCAAUCACUAGUUACCCGACUCAAUAAAAAAAACUAGCAUGAGCUAGUUUUGUAUUAGGAAUAUCUUUGUGGUAUGCUUUAAUUUUCGUAAUGCUAUUUGAGUUCUUCUUUAUCUUUAUAUAUUAAGCAGAUGCUAAUGAGUAUGAUCAGGUAUUAUAAACCAACUAUGGUUUGCUUAUCUUAAUUACCUCUAAGUUGUGUAAUACUUGUAUCCUGUGUUGAAGUUAUAUCAACCAACUAUUAUUAUUGUCA